AGAGUAUGCAAAACACAAAUUAGUCCAUCAUAAGUCACACACAAAAACAUCAUCCUUCUUUUAUUAUUCCCUCUUUCAAAUUCAUUUCAUUUUCUCAAGAAAAAUUAACAUGGCUAAAGAUGUUGUUUCUAGUACUUUUCAAUCUCCAUCAUCCAAUAUAAAUGGAGAAAAUUAUCAUGAAUCCUCUUCUAAAUCAUGUAUAGAAAACAACAACAAGAAGCUUAAAAUAUUUGGUUUUGAGCUUAUUGAUGAUCCAAAAAAAUCUCCAAAAAUAGUCCAAAAUAAUUCAUCAAAAGAAGAUCAAGAAAGUGUAAAUUCAUCAUCAGCUUCCACAGUUUCAUCAGGAAAUAUUCAUCAUCAAGAAAAAAUAUUAUCAAAUCAUGAAGAAAUAAUGAAGAAAUUUGAGUGUCAAUAUUGUUUAAAACAAUUUGCAAAUUCUCAAGCUUUGGGAGGUCAUCAAAAUGCUCAUAAAAAGGAAAGAAUGAGGAAAAAAAGACUACAACUUCAAGCAAGAAAAGCAAGCUUAAGUUGCUAUCUUCAACCAUUUCAUCAUCAAAAUUAUAACAACAAUAAUAUUAUUAAUUAUCAAUUUUAUGAUCCUCAAUUUAAUGUUUAUGAAGAAUCCCAAAUUAGUUUCAACCCUAAUUAUGAUUAUCAAGUCUCAUCAGAAGAAGGAGGAGCAAAGUGGCCAUUUCAUCAAGAUUCUAACAAUUAUACAUUUACUCUUACACAUGGAGGAAAUAAUUAUAUGAAGCCUCCAUCAACUAUUUUGGAUAAUUCUUCAUCUACUAAACAAAAAAGUUCAUGUAAACCUUUGGAUCUUCAAUUGGGAUUAAGCUUGUAAUAUUAUUAUAUUAGUGAAAGAAAAGAUAGAAUUCAUU